GUUUCCGAGAUUCGAGAUAGCCCAGUUACGAACGACGAAGGGUUUGUUCCUCGUUCUUAUCCAACGCCAAUGUGCGAUAGCUAAAAAAACUCGGGUGGUGGCGAGUGAGUAGCGAGUGAGUAGCGAGUGGAGUUGAAGAAGGGGUGGUGGAAACCACCAUGGGGAGGAUAUACUUGGUGGAGCUAGAAGGGCGAUCUUACAGGUGCAAGUACUGCAAGACCCACUUGGCCCUCGCCGAGGAUCUCAUCUCUCGGGCGUUUCAUUGUCGCCGAGGAAAAGCGUACCUCUUCAAAAAGGCGGUGAAUGUCACAGUGGGAACUCUAGAAGAGAGGCUGAUGCUUUCAGGACUGCACACUGUGGGAGACAUAUUCUGUUGCUGUUGUGGCCAAAUUGUUGGGUGGAAAUAUGAGGCAGCAACUGAGAAUAGCCAAAAGUACAAAGAAGGAAAGUUCGUGCUUGAGAGGGGAUGUAUUGUGGAUGAAUCUGACUUCUGCUCCGAGUUCUACAUUGACACAUGUCCCAAUGUUAGUGACGGUGAAGAUGUGUAGACUGGUUUCCGUCUGUACAUUUAGUGGCAUCAGAGUCGGCAUCAUCGGAAAUAGCGGAUACUUCUUCAGUACAUGCUCAGUAUGAUCAAGAAUAAGUGUAGAUGUAUAUAUCCAUGUGAAGUAUGUGCUUCUUAUUGUCACUAGAGCACUUAUAAACUAACUUUUUCGUACUCGGAAAGAUUACCUUGCAAGGAAAACCCGAGCGUCAUGCAUUUGCCGAUGAUUUCAGAUUAGUACAGAUUUAUACAUGACUAGCUUUUUGA